CAAAUGGCUAUUUAAUUAGCCUCCAGCAAACAAAGUUAAAGCUUAAAGGCCGAUGAAAGAAGCAGAAGCCAAAACCAGCUUUUGCUUUCUUCAGUUUGCGGACGGCAUUUUCCUUCUCCAAACUCUCCACGGACUCGAGAGCUCCGUCCUGAAUUUCCAAGCGGAGUUUAUUGAAGAUUGGGAAUUGUAUUCGGGUGCAGAGUGAGGAAAUGGGAUCAGAAGGACCAAAGAGUGUGGUUGUUCAUGUGAGCGGGUUCAAGAAGUUCCAGGGGGUUGCUGAGAAUCCCACAGAGACUAUAGUUAGCAAUCUGAGGGGGUUUGUUGAGAAGAGAGCGUUGCCUGCUGGUCUUAAACUUGGCAGCUGUGAUGUUCUUGAAACAGCAGGAGACGGUGCACGCGCUGCUCUUUACAAGGCCAUGGAAUCGGGGAUUUCAGCAACCGAUUCUAAGAGCCAUGAACAAGUCGUAUGGCUUCACUUGGGGGUAAAUAGUGGGGCUGUAAAAUUUGCUAUUGAGCGGCAAGCAGUAAACGAAGCCACUUUCCGCUGUCCAGAUGAGUUAGGAUGGCAACCUCAGCAACAACCAAUAGUCCCUGAGGAUGGAGGAACUUCUCGAGUGAGAGAGACAUGUUGCUCGACCGAGGCAAUCCUUAAGAUAUUGAAGAAGAAAGGAUAUGAUGUGGCAAUAUCAGAUGAUGCCGGGCGCUUUGUGUGCAAUUAUGUCUACUAUCAUUCCCUCCGUUUUGCAGAAGAAAGGUGCCACAAAUCUUUAUUCGUCCACGUUCCUCUCUUUUCCAGAAUCAAUGAAGAAACUCAGAUGCGCUUUGUGGCCUCCCUUUUGGAGGCGAUUGCAGCUACAUGUUAAUGUUGCUAAAUGUAAAUCAAUGGUGUCAAUAUCAUUAUAAUUGUGUAAUAAUUUGUAUGAACUUGAUUGCUGUUUGCUUUUGGUGAGGAAAAUGGGUUGUUUCCUAUUGGCCGGGAGGUGUCGUCGUCAAUGUAAAAUAAUGUUCGUCCAUGUCUUGUGACGGUUCGAAGAUUUGCUCUCACUUUUUUUCUACUUAAAUCUUUUUUUCCAAAUGUA